UUAAGUUAAAAUUCUUGGAAUCCAUAAUCUUGGCACCAUAUUUUGUCUGCCAUGUGGUAUUAUUUUUUACCUAUUAUUAUUUUGAAGUGUAAACUCGAUAAAACUUUGUAUUUAUGACAGUGAAGAAAGUAACACUUUGUUUUUCAUAUUUGAUAACGAGUAUUUAUCAAAAACACGUCACUGAGAAGUAAGAACUUUUUUUAUAAAUCCACAAAGAAAGAUGACAGAUUUAGGUAAUAGUUGUGAUGAGGAGAAUGGAAAUAUUUGGAGGGAUUUACUUGGAUCGGCAAAAUUUGUAAUUGCACCAAUGGUCGACGCAAGUGAAUUGGCAUGGAGAUUACUUUGUCGAAAACAUGGAGCGCAAUUAUGUUAUACUCCAAUGUUACAUUCGUCGGUUUUUUGCCGAGAUCCGAAAUAUAGAAAAGAAGCCCUCGCCACAACAAACGAGGAUCGUCCUUUAAUUGUUCAAUUUUGUGGCAAUGAUCCUGAAAUACUAUUGGAAGCUGCUCUUUUGGCGGAAGCGCAUUGCGAUGCUGUCGAUAUAAAUCUCGGUUGUCCGCAAGCAAUUGCCAAACGAGGACACUAUGGUGCUUUUUUACAAGACGAUUGGCAAUUACUGGAAAAAAUAGUGAGUAAAUUGAGCAAAAAUCUUCAUAUUCCCGUCACAUGUAAAUUACGAGUAUUCCCGGACAUUGAGAAAACUAUUGCUUAUGCUCAAAUGUUGGAAAAGGCAGGAGCGAAACUUUUAACAGUUCAUGGUCGUACGAGGGAGCAAAAAGGACCACUUACUGGCUUGGCGUCUUGGAAACAUAUUCGCGCUGUUAGGGAAAAUGUGAGAAUUCCAGUCUUUGCCAAUGGAAAUAUUCAGUGCAUUCAAGAUGUGGAAAAUUGUAUUGAAGAAACGGGAGUACAGGGAAUAAUGACGGCCGAAGGAAAUCUUUACAAUCCUUUUAUUUUUCAAGGAUGUUAUCCUCCUAGUUGGAUACCAGCGACAGAAUAUUUAGACCUUGUGGAAAAAUAUCCUGCACCUUCUUCCUACAUUCGUGGCCAUUUAUUUAAAAUAUUUCAACACACACUUUGUCUUGCAGGAAAUGAAAAGGCACGAGCAUUAUUGGCUGAACAGUCUUCAAUGGAAUCGUUUCGAAAGGUCGUGGAAAUAUUGAAAGAUCGAUAUUCGCCUUAUCACGAAGGCCAAUUGUCGUGGCCUGAAGAAAGAACAGAUCACGAUUUAGUUUUGCCGCCGUGGUUGUGUCAACCGUAUGUUCGUGAUCCGCCAGAAAUACAUCAAAAUAAAGUCGAGGCGAAAAAAAUUGAAAUGGAAAAUGGAACAAAACGUGAAUUCAAAGAUGAUGAUGGAAAUACAGUGUCACGUAAACGUUUAAAAAAAUUACGAAGAAUCACCCGCCGUCCUAAUAAUAAUACUCCGCCUGUUAAACGAAGCAAAUUAUUGUGCAAUGUUUGUCCCAAUCCAUUGGGCUUCAAAUGUGAAUAUCAACUAUGUCGUCAAUGUUGUAGGAAUAAAUGCUACAGUGAAAAUUUAGAUUGUCCUGGACACAGGAACUUAACGAAAACAAGAAGAAAAAUGGCAAUUGACUACGCCACGGAACGUGAUAAUUCGUUAGACUCGAAAUAAUUUUACAAUUAUUUGUACAAAAAAUGGUAACAUUUGUAAAUAAAUAAAUUUUACAAAUUAUAUAAAAAUUAACAAAGACCGAAA